GGCUCUUUUUUUUUUUUUUUUUUUCUAAGAAAUGAGUUUCAAGAAACGCAACGCAGAGCAGCAACCCAAAUUACCUCCAGGAUCACGUCUAAGUGCUUACAAUGGGCAGUUAUUGAUAUCAACCGGUGUCCCUUCCUUGGACGACAUUCUAGGCGGUGGACAACCGGUGGGUACGAUUAUGCUGAUUAAAGAAGAUCGUGCCACAACCUAUGCUCAACUACUCUUGAAAUACUUUAUCGCCCAAGGUAUUGCCUCUGGACAUCAUUGUACUAUUGCUUCACGCGAUGAGGACCCAGAAGAGAUGGUCAAGACGUUGAUGUGGUUAUCUAAUUCAGAAAAGGAAGAUGAUGAAGACGUCAAGGGUUCUCAGGCAGAGGGAGAAAGUGAUCGCAUGAAGAUUGCUUGGCGAUAUUCACAUUUAAAAAGACUUGAAGGCGACGUCAAGUCCAAGCCAGCUUCACCUGUAACACAUGUGAUUGAACAACAAGACAAGAAUACAGAAGAACCAAAGCCGUAUUGCAGUCAAUUCGAUUUAACCAAGAGAGUUCCAAAGGAAGUGAUAGAGCAGGCCAAGACAAGCAUAUUACAAUGGGGUUAUGAAGGCGAAGAUGAUUACAAGACAUUAAUAGAACAGAUACGUAAAGUGGUCCUUGACGGAAACUUUAGUUCGGCUAUCCCUGUUGCACCCAACACGCCUCGAAAUGCCUUGAGAAUCGCUUUACAUUCACUAGCUUCACCCAGUUGGCAAUCAAAGUCACCUCAUGGUAUAGGAUCUCUACAAGUUUUUCCAUGCCCUUCGUGGAUUACUUCGAUUUUCAUUUGGUACAGCUGUGAUCACGAUACCAGCACGUCUAUACGAAGAUGCACCUCAUUUUAUUAAACGUAUUGAACAUAUGGUAGAUGCAGUCAUUGAGAUAGAAUCAUUUGCAGGCGAUCCUGUACACAAUGAGGCUUCUUAUACACAAAAUUAUCAUGGCUUUUUCCAUGUACACAAAUUACCCGUUUUAAACUCACUUUUACCGCCUAGCACAAAAUUAUCCGUAUUAUCAGCAGGAGGCAGUAAUGAUUUAGGAUUUAAACUUCGUCGUAAGAGAUUUACUAUCGAAACAUUCCAUUUGCCACCUGAAGGUGGGGUUGUCACUCGUCGUACGGAAGCUCCAAAGGAAGAAAAGGUUAAUAGAAAGAUUGGAUGUGGCUCGACACCAGGCAAAACCGAUCCAUUAGAGUUUUAAAUACAUAUAUGUGUGCG